AUGCCAUUCAUCCAGGUUGCUGCGAGGGUCAACGAGUCAGUUGGACUACCGUUAGAAGAAGACGGAACACUUCUGCUGUCCACAAUGCGAAACAAAUAUCCAGGCGCAAUAGGACUAAUAUUUAAUGAUCCUGAAGGCAGGCAGAGGAGUGUUUGCAGUCAGAUUCAAUGGCUCUCACUAAAAAAGAUCUUCAAUAUAUUAUCAAAAAACAGGCGUGAAAUGUUAAUCCAUUACAACAAUAAUGUAGAAUAUGACACGGAAGACUCGGAUAUGAAUCCUUACCUGUGGAAAAUUGAAUUCAGCUUCAUUAAAAAGCUUCAAACUCCUAUUGAACAAUCACAGAAGAUGAUGGGAUGUCACACCAGCACAUGGUUUCAAUUGUAG